AUGCGGCUUAACUCCGCCAUUCAUGGCCCCGCCAACAUUGGGGAAGUUUGCCGGAUUCAUGUCAACAACCCCCCUCAAUGGGGAUCGAGGAGUAGUCCGCGCAAGCCGUCCGUGGGUGUCAGCAUUCGCCGGCGUCAAUGCCAAGCGCUACACUAUGCGAUAGACGAAAUUGUAAGUCAAAGUAGACGGGCGCUCUUCCAGCAGACGUCGUCGGUGCGAGAGAGAAGUGGGAUGAGACCGGCGGUGGGGCCUGAGGGGGGACGAGAGAAAGGAAAACGGGAAGACGAUGCAGAUGAGUCUCGUCGCAGGUUGAUCGCGUCCGAGACUGUUGAGUUGAUUGCGGCGUGGGCUUUCGCUGUAAACCCAGGUAGGUUGAUGGGGGUGAAACGAAAGAAGACGAGCAAUAGGAACAAGCACGGGACGGCGGUAGAACACGGGGGACCAACGCAGCAGGGAAACAAGGCGUUCGGGCACCAGUGUUCAAACAGAGCGGUUUCGUUGGCAGAUGCCCGGGGGGGAGUGGCUUGGGGGGGUUGUCAGACUAAGCAGGAUUGA